CUUUUAUCCUUUUCACACUAUAUAUUCAUCUUACACCAACUUCAAUCAACGCCAAUUUCUUUUUUUAAUCAUUUGUUAUGAUGCGUUUCUUGGGUUUUUUCCAUGUUCUUAUUGGUACAAAAUGUUCUUGACAGUGUUUGAUCCAAAUUGAAACUUUUUUUAUUCUGAGAGAGAGAGAGAGAGAGAGAGAGAGAGAGAGAGAGAGAUGGAUAACUCUAUUGGAGUUGGGUUCAUGGCUGUUGUUGCUGUAUCUGGAAGCGUGGUUCUUCUUGCCCAUCAAGUCCACAAGCGCCUUCUCUCAGAUUUCAUGAAGAACAUUGAAUGUGAAAUGGGAGGUUUGCUUGAUCACCACAAAAAAAUGACUUCUGGAUCUGAGAAAAUCCAAGGCAAGAAGUGUGUUAGAUUUGCAGCGGAUGUUGCGGAGCCAUCAUCAAACAACAAAGAGUACCGCAAGAGGCGCUUUGCACCAACAACAAAGCAGGCCAAAGAGGGAAAUGGAAAUUAUAAAAUGGACACCAUGCCACUCAAUAGGCAAGCUCUUUACAAAGGGAUCAUUGAAUUUAAGUCCCUCAAGGGGGCACAUGUAUAUUGAGCUUAAUUUUGUUUUUUUUCGUGUUCGUGUCGUGUUUGCAUGUCUUUAAUUUGUGUAUAUUUAGGUGUUUGUUUCAUUUUUUUUAAUUUUAACUUUUCCCCGAUCUUAAAAGAAAUAAUGAGAGGUUGGUCGGGGCAAGCUUAUAUAUUAUUCAUUUCAUAGCGACUCGUCAUGCGUUAUUUAUGCGACGAAAAGAUUAUGAGAUGAAAGUGUAUAAGCCGUAGUGAAGACUUCCUCAGAGGUUUAGCCGGCCAUAGACUUAGCUCCAUGGAUUUGAAAAGUCUUUUAGGUAAUUUGGGCAUAGAAAGAAGUAGUUUCUUGCGACCAAAACCCUGGAAAUAUCAAGGAUAAUUCCAUCAAAGAUUGACAUGUACUGCAUGACUCAGUCUUUGGUUGUAUUUUUACUGUGUGUAAUGUUUCUGUAUCUUGUAUAAAAAAAAAUGGACAUAAAUAAAACAGUGCUCUGCCUGUAGGUUAUUGUAAA